AUGGGAGGUGGUCAGAGGCGGACGACCCAGAAUCAAACGACGUCGUCGGCAUCGUCGUCAUGCUGGUCGCAUUUCUGGUCGUCGGCUUUAAGGACCAAACCCUUGGGCUCUCCAUUGGAAGUUGCCGUCCGCACGAACUCCGGCGACGGCCUCGUCCGUCGCCUCGGCAUGUUUGACCUCAUACUCCUCGGCGUCGGCGCUUCUAUAGGCGCCGGCAUAUUCGUCGUCACCGGCACCGUCGCCCACGACGCUGGCCCUGGAGUGACUAUUAGUUUCAUUCUUGCUGGAGUUUCUUGUGUGUUCAAUGCACUCUGUUACGCUGAGCUAGCUUCUCGCUUUCCUGCCGUUGUUGGUGGAGCAUACCUUUACACAUACACAGCUUUCAAUGAGCUCACUGCUUUUCUUGUUUUUGCACAACUUAUGCUCGACUAUCAUAUUGGAGCCGCAAGCAUAGCCCGGAGCUUAGCAAGCUAUGUAGUUACAAUUCUAGAACUAUUCCCAAUUUUUAAGGAAAACAUUCCAGACUGGAUUGGACACGGUGGCCAAGAGUUCCUCGGAGGAGCUAUAUCGAUCAAUGUAUUAGCUCCUGUUCUCCUUGUGCUUCUUACUGUAAUCCUUUGUCGGGGUGUAGGAGAAUCCGCUGCCGUAAACUCAUUUAUGACUGCAACAAAGGUUAUCAUUGUUAUUAUUGUCAUCUUCGCUGGUGCUUUUGAGGUUGAUACUUCAAAUUGGACCCCUUUUGCCCCAGAUGGUUUCAAACCAAUAUUGACUGGAGCAACAGUUGUAUUUUUUGCAUAUGUUGGAUUUGAUGCAGUUGCUAAUUCAGCUGAAGAAUCAAAGAGACCACAGCGGGACUUGCCAAUAGGAAUCAUCGGCAGCCUUCUAAUAUGUAUUGCAUUGUAUAUUGGUGUCUGUUUGGUGAUCACUGGAAUGCUACCUUACUAUUUACUUGGGGAAGAUGCUCCAUUGGCUAAUGCUUUUACAUCCAAGGGAUUGAAAUUUGUUUCAAUCUUAAUCAGUGUUGGUGCUGUUGCUGGACUUACGACUACCCUUCUAGUUGGUCUGUAUGUUCAGUCUCGAUUAUAUCUUGGGCUUGGAAGAGAUGGUUUACUACCUUCAGUGUUUGCUAGAGUACACCCAAGAUGCCACACUCCCAUUCAUUCUCAGGUCUGGGUUGGUAUUGUUGCUGCCGCCUUGGCAGGCUUGUUCAAUGUGCAUAUUCUCUCGCACAUUCUUUCAGUUGGGUCAUUGACAGGCUACUCUGUCGUUGCUGCAUGUGUUGUUGCUCUUCGUUUGAAAGAUAAGGCAUCAAGUCAAGUGUCUUCUUCUACCUGGCGGGAAGGUGUCAUCUGCCUCUUAAUAGUUGCAUGUGGUGGUUUUAGUGCUGGACUCUGCUACAGAUUCAGUGUUUCAAUUGUUUUUCUGGUGGUAGCUGUAGUUGUGGCAAUACUGGCUAUGGGUGCUCUUUGUUUCCGCCAAGUUUAUGCCGAUCUGCCAGGGUUUUCUUGUCCUGGUGUUCCUAUUGUCCCAGCCGCAUGCAUCUUCUUCAACAUGUUUCUAUUCGCCCAGAUACACCAUGAAGCAUGGGUGAGAUUUGUCAUCCUUAGCAUUAUUACAGUUGGUAUUUAUGCAUUUUAUGGGCAAUAUCACGUGGAUCCGAGUUCAGAGGAGACUAUUAUUUAUCACCGAGCGUUAGGAGAAGAACGGGGACCUUUUCUUCCUGCAGCUAACGGGCUGGGCUGCUGCAAAAGGCGGACUGAGGAGAUUGCCCCCUUUCGUUUAGGGGAUUUGGGGGCUCAACAUCCUCCUUUCCCGCGGCUGUGCAAUGAGAGCUUCCACUCUUGGUUUGCUGUUUUUUCUUCUUUUCUUUCCUCUUCCUUGGCUGAAUCUGAUGAAGGAAAAGAGGUGCAAAUGUAUGCUGGUCCAAGGGACGCUUCUGACAGCAUGCGGGAUGGUAUUCAUCGAUUCUUUGGAUGUCUCUGGCUUGGGACUAGUUUCCAGCAGCUUUGCUUAAGGAGCCUGCCAUCUACUCCUUCACGUGUUCUCUGUUUUUCAAAAGGGUUGAAGCUCUUGUGGGCUAUUUUGGCCAAAUACCAAGACCUCCCUUUUUACCCAUCUUGUUUCCGUUGUAACAAUAGUGCUCACGGAGUGGGUGCUAGCAAGGAAGGGCCCGCGUCAUUGUCUAGGUUUCUUCCUUCGUUGAUUUUGCUCGAGCUGCUGGAAAGGUAUACACAUCUUGGGCAUAGGCUUUCUUUCCGAUCAAUUGUCACUUGUGGAGAACAAUUUUUCUUGACAGAGUGGAUGUUUCGUAUUGCCUGGUUGAAUAUUCACCUUUCGUUUGGAGAAGGGACUUGCUUAUCCUGUCACAGAGCAAAAACUCUUGUACCUAUUAUGGCAUCCGGUAAUCCACCAUUUAUCAUAAGGGAUCAUCUUUAUUCCAUAGAUGACAGGUUGAAGAGAGGGAGACCACCUCCUCUGCUUAAGGGUGCCGACGAGGAUAUAAUUGUUGAUGAAGAACCAGCGCCAGAAGCUACUCCAGUGAUCGACCCUGCAUCUGCAUCAAGGUGCUGCAUAGAAAGGGGUCUGUUUCCGGCAGUUCCUUUGUUCUUUCAGUAUCCCUGCAGCACCAGCAAGGGUUGGUCGGAGUGGGUUGAUGAUGAACUGAAGAACCCGUCUACCCGUGAUAUCCUAAGCCGGGCAGGUGUGUUGGAAGCCAUCUUUGCUUCUAAGGCUUGCGACAUCCAUAUUGAAGUCAAGACGGUUCGACACUUGGUUAGACGGUGGAGCACCGAGACACACACUUUUAUUUGUUCGUGGGGAGAGUUCACUCCCACGCUUGAGGAUGUAGCUAAUAUUUUCCAUCUCCCACUUUGCGGCAGCCAAGAUCCUUUCCACAUUGCAUUAACCCCGGAAGAUGGGCUAAAGCUUGAGACUUUGCGGAAGGGCGCUCCGACCUCUCCUAGUACCUCUCUAAGAUUCAGUAAUUGGAUUCAGUUUUUUGGGAACAGUGACCGAGAUGAGCCGUGUUGCCUUGCUGCGUUCGUGUCCUUGUGGCUCGGGAGGUUCCUCUUUUGUGAUUUUUCUCAAGACUGCUUGCAUGGGAGAGUGUUUCCGUUGGCUUUGGCAAUAGCACGGGGUAGCAUGAUCCCUUUAGCCCCCAUGUUCUUGGGGCACUUAUAUCGCUUGCUUGACCAGAUUCAAUUUCUUGAGAAGGGGGCGGCCGGAACCAUGGCUGUGGAGACUUUUGUAAACUCCAGUUUUCUGCAGAUCUUUUUAUGGGAACGCUUUAAAGGGGUAGAGGUAUCUCCACUCCCUUAUUCAAAGGCUGAGUCACUGGUUGCUUCGGACGAAAAUUCCUACAUGCCGGGUAGUCUUCCUCUGAUCUGUAGAUGGUCCCGUCGCAUGCAACGGAAGGGCCAAAACUUUUUAGAGCUGCUGGACGAUGUUGAGCAAUUUAUUUUCCGUCCCUAUUGUGCCUCAUCAGAGGGCUUUAGAAGUAUGCCCCUCUACGCUGACUCUAUUGCUUUAAUGGAGGCCCUGGCCAUGCCAACACAAGGUUGUCGGUUACGCAGAGAGGCAUUGUUGAGUGCCGCAUGCCUCCCUUUGCCCACAUUUGGUGAUGACCACUUGGAGAUUUCUGAGCAUUAUUCCCCUUACCGGGUUAGACGACAGCUUGGGUUUGACCAAGGUGUGCCCUCUCGUCCCAAUCAUGGAGGUUCCUUGACCUUGCACAGGGUUUUCUGGACCGAUGACAAUGUGCCGGGAGACGGCAGACCUCUUGCCCUUGCUCUGGCCAGCCGGCAGCGCGUUGGUAGUCUCUCAAAGGCCUACCAAAAUUAUUGGAACCGCUGCUUUGCCUCAUUCAGCCGAUUCCAUGCUGCCCAUUGUGAUAGAUUGAUUCCCACCAUCAUUCAUCAUGCCCGUUUAGUGUCGGAAGAGAAAGCCAUUUCCUUGAGCGAGAAGCGAAAUCUGCCCUUUAUUUCCAAAAGCGGAGAGAUUGUUGGUGACUUUUCGAAGCUAAAGCGGAAGUUGGAAAAGUCGGGUUCUCACAGCGCCGGGAAAAGUGCUGUACACGGGAAACGGAAGCGCGAGGAAAGCUGCAGCGCCGAGAAAAGGCAAGCUGUAAAAGGGCCGAAAAGGUUCAUCCCCAAGGUAGCAGCAAGUAGUCCUCCUAGCUCAAGAAAAGUUGCUUUGCCGGGGCCUUUACAGCAGCAGCCUGUAGCUUCCGGCAACAGUGAGCGAGCAGCUCCAAAAGCUUCAUCUCCUCACAGUACCUCCCAAAGUAAAGGCAAGGGUAAGGGGUUUUCCGUGACCCCGAGACGUCGAAGCAUGCGUAUUCUUGAAACGCGGUUUGCUAAUACCCGAAAGAAUAAAGGUGAAGACUCGGGACCCAAAGUAGUGGUGACAGUUGAUGAUAACAGUGAUGACGAUAGUGAUGACGGUGGCGCUGCGGGAACUGAGGCCAACAUUCAUGAGCAAGAGAGCGCUCGCGAUACGAGUGGCAUGGAUGAGGACUUUGAUGAAGGCCAAUACGAUAGUCACGACGAAGACACCUAUCCGGCCUUUAGCACUAGCUUGGGGGAGCUCGAUGACUCAGAUACGACUCCUGCUUUGACUAGCGAUCAUGGACAGCGCGUCGAUAUUGAACUGAUAUCAAAUAUCCCUCUUGCUUGUUUUGCUUGGAAUAUUGACAUUGCAUGCUGCCCGUUGUGUCCUCUAGUCGUGCCCAUCAUUGAAGACACGAUAGGUGCUCCAUCGGAGGCUGAUUUUGUUCUUCCCACUACUGUCGCUAAGGCUGUCCUGAGCCUUCCGGCAGUGCAACCUCCUCCUUCUCCUAACCCAUGUACUCCUGACAUGGCUGUUGACGCCUCUCCGCCACUUCCAACAGUUCCUCCUCCUAUUUCUCCAAUUCCGAACGCACCUGACAUAGCUUCCGGCACCGCUCCACUUCUUCCAGCAGUACAUCCCCUUACUCUUCCGAUCUCGAGCACACUUGACAUAACUUCCGGCACCGCUCCACUUCUUCCAGCAGCACAUCCCUGUGCUGAGAUUAUUGACAAUAGUCACAAGAAUGGUGAUGCUUUUAUCGCAGGUUCCUCAAAAGGGCAUUCAUUCGAGAAAGGCAUAUCUUGGCAAGACUGGGAAAACUCCUACACGGCAUUCAAAGCCUUCUUUGAUGGUGGUGUCACCAUUCUUAGAUCCAUUGAUGAACUUCUUCCACUUUGCCACAGAUUCGAUGGUUAUGCGACAUUCCAAAGUGCCCUCGUGUAUCCAGAGACGGUUGCAGCCUUGAAAAGGUUCAUGGACAAAUACGGAAGUUUGAUGGAAGCUACAGAUGUCACCUCUUCUUUCUCAAGGUGUACUGCCCUUCGAGGCCUUGGCUUAGUACUUCACGGAAUGGACACCAUGCAACUCCUUGAUAUUACGGAUCACAAACUGCUCUGUUGGCGAGAUGCAAUAUGCGAGGCCAUGAUUCUGGGCUUUCGCGUGGAAUUUCUUCUUAAACUUGUGAAGAGCUUAGCACGUGCCGUCUUUGGAGCACGGGCUAUUCAUAGUAUGCAAUUAUCGCAUGAUUCUGAUGAAGUAAAAGCUGCUGCAGAUGCCUUGAAUAUUAAACAACAGGAGUUGGAGAACCAGCGCCGGGAGAUGCAUGCCCUUCUUCUUGCUAAGGGUAUUUCUGUUGACAGCGCUGAGUGCGUGACGGAGGCAGCGGCCAGAUUAUCUCCUGGGGCUUCCUUUGUUCUUUUCGGACAUUCCCCAUAG